CCCUCAUCCCUUCUAAGCAGCGGCCGGCGGCAAACCUCCGAACAUGUCGGCCUUCAUCUCGCUUGGAUGCUCUAGUUCUUUUAUCUGUGGAGAGACUGUUGGCUCCCGUGCGGCUCGGUUGCCGAGGUUGAAACCGGCGACGCUGUCUUAUCGCGCGUCGGCAUCAGCAAAGACCACUGUUAUCUCUGAGGAGACGGGGCCGAAGAAGCCGGCGAGGGGCAUCACGAAGCCCAAGCCAGUGUCGCCGGCAAUGCAAGCCUUCCUCGGAGUAAAGGAGAUCCCGCGGACGCAAGCCCUAAAGCAGAUUUGGGCCUACAUUAAGCAGAAUAAUCUCCAGGAUCCAGAGAACAAGAAAAUCAUAGUAUGUGAUGAGAAGCUGAAAAGCAUAUUUGGAGGCAGAGAUCGUGUUGGGUUUCUUGAAAUCUCAGGGCUGCUCAAUCCUCACUUUGUUAAGUAACAGUAUCUUCCAUAACUGUAGGAUUUUGUACAAGAAUGCUCUAGGUUUUUUCAGUAUACUUUGUUAAGUACUAAUAUUGCUAUAUACCUAGAGUUUGGCAUCACAUGUGUCUGCAAAUGAAUUCUUUACGUUUUCUGCCUUUAAAUCGUAGCAAAUGAUCAAAUCUUGUGGUUUUUGUUACUCUUUUAUGAAUACUGCAGCUCUCUAUUAUCUGUUCA